AUGCGGAGGAGCCGCGACUUGGUCGUCUCUGAAUGGAGGGGGCCUUUACCCUUGCUGGAUUGGGACACUGUGGUGAGAGUGCUCCGGCUGGUUUGGCUGGGUAUGCUCAGGUUCCCGGGUAAGGCUGCAUUGGGAGCCCUGGGCUUGAUUUAUCUCUCAGUUACGCCUCAAUGUGCGGUAGUCAUGCUCGAGCUCGACGUUCUUAGCAUGAAGAUGGUCAUAUUUCUCGGACAUUUUGGUGACACUGGCACGGAGGCUCUCUAG